GGGGAGGCGGCGGCGAGCCCGGGGCUGGCCUUCAGCGAGGAUGUGCUGAGCGUGUUCGGGGCGAAUCGGAGCCUGUCGGCAGCGCAGCUCGGGCGCCUGCUGGAGCUGCUGGGAGCCGCCCCCGGGGAAGGCGCCCCGUGGCCGGAGCUGGGACAGCUGCACUACAAUCAGUGUUUAUCUGCUGAAGAAAUCUUCUUCCUUCAUGGCUUUUCAAACUCUACCCAGAUCACCAGCUCGACCUUCCCUACCAUCUGUCCAGCAGUCUUACAGCAACUGAGCCUUCACCCUUGUGAGGCGAGGCUGAAGCACCAAACAAAACCAGGUCUUUCAGAAGUUUGGGGCUAUGGAUUCCUGUCAGUGACAAUUAUUAAUCUGGCAUCUCUCCUCGGAUUGGUUUUGACGCCAUUUAUAAAGAAACCUUAUUUCCCUAAAGUUUUGACCUAUUUUGUGGGACUGGCUAUUGGGACCUUGUUUUCAAAUGCGAUUUUUCAACUUAUUCCAGAGGCAUUUGGAUUCAAUCCCAAAGUUGACAACUAUGUUGAAAAAGCAGCUGCUGUGUUUGGUGGGUUUUACAUAUUUUUCUUUGUUGAGAGAAUGCUGAAGAUGUUACUGAAGACAUAUGGUCAAAAUGAUCAUACUCACUUCGCAAAUGAUGACUUUGGUCCUGCUCAAGAAAAAAAUCAUCAACCCAAAGCAUUACCUGCCAUCAAUGGUGUGACAUGCUAUGCAAACCCUGCUGUCACAGAGCCUAAUGGACACAUCCAUUUUGAUAAUGUCAAUGUAGUAUCGCUACAGGAUGGAAAGAGGGAGUCGAGUUCCUGUACCUGCUUGAAGGGGCCCAAACUGUCAGAAAUAGGGACGAUUGCUUGGAUGAUAACACUUAGCGAUGCGCUCCACAACUUCAUUGAUGGCCUGGCAAUUGGAGCUUCCUUUACCUUGUCUCUGCUUCAGGGACUCAGCACUUCAAUAGCGAUCCUUUGCGAAGAGUUUCCUCAUGAGCUGGGUGACUUUGUGAUCCUCCUCAACGCGGGAAUGAGCACUCGGCAGGCUUUGCUAUUUAACUUCCUUUCUGCGUGCUCUUGCUACGUCGGACUGGCUUUUGGCAUUUUGGUGGGCAACAACUUUGCUCCCAAUAUCAUCUUUGCACUGGCUGGAGGCAUGUUCCUCUAUAUUUCUCUGGCAGAUAUGUUUCCAGAGAUGAAUGAUAUGCUGAGAGAAAAAGUAACAGGGAGAAAAAUAGAUUUCACCUUCUUCAUGAUUCAGAAUGCUGGAAUGUUAACUGGAUUCAUAGCCAUUCUGCUCAUCACCUUGUUUGCAGGGGACAUUGAAUUGGAAUAUUAAGAAAUGGAACCUGGUGCUGUUAAUGGAGGCAUUUAAUCAACAAAAACAUCUCAAAGGGGAUUGUUAAGCUGGUCCUACUUAGUUAAAAGAAAAUUUUGUUUUCAAUUGUAACUAAAGAAAAACAAUGAUUGGUUUUAGGUCAAUGACAUUUUUAUUUGUAGCUGAAAGUGUUUCAAAAGGUUUUUAGCUCCAGUUUGAAGUGGUUGGUAUACGGGACUUUUGGUAAAUGCCCACUUUUCUAAUGCUACACUAAAGACUAUUAAAAAACCACUAUGAAGAAAGGGACAUGCAUUUGAUAAUUAUGCAUACAUCAAAAGCCAGAGAAACACACAAGAUAGGAUCAAAGAUCCAAGUGGUUUCCCAGGAGUUCUAUUUCAUUGAAAAGGAAUGUGUUCUAAUGCUUUCAAGGACAAGUUCAUCAAACUGCGUAAGAAAAACUAAGGGUAUACAGCACAGAUACAAAUGAUUUCAGACAAUAAUGAAUCUAAGAAAGAAAAAAUGUUUCAAAUAUGUAUUGUUUUACAUGCAUUUCAGUGAGAGAUCCAAAGGAUUGUUUUGGAAACCAUUUGAUAAAAAUAUGAACCCUAGGACCAAUAUAAUUUUAUAUCCUACUAAGUUCAGGCUUUAUCUGAUGCUUUAUUUGUGUGACCUCCAGCAAAAUUUAUUAGAAAGGGCUUUAUUUUUCUCCAUGUAUGGGAUGGUUGUAGUCAUUUCAAGUAGCAAAUAUGCCAAGCUGGUGGAUGUAGUUGAUUUGUAAAGGGGUAGACUAUGUUGGUAUGUAGAAAGAAAUGGAAUGCCUUUUUAAGCAAUCUACUUUUAAAGAUGAGCACAAUUAUUUAGCAAAGGUUGUUUUUGUUUUUGUUUUGUUUCAAUCAAUGCAAAGCAAUAGCUGGGUUGCUGUGUACCAGGACUGAUUAAUUAGACAGUAUACAUUCCUUAUGGGGAUUGGGAGAAGUUUAUAAAAGGCUUAUUGUGUGUUCUGUCUACAUUUUUCCUAUUUGGUAUAACUGUGUGUGGGGAACUUGGGCCUGUAUCUUUUGGAAUUGUUAUUAGACACGUUGGGAUUGGCUCCAGCUCAGGGCAACUCUCUGUACAAGCAAUGAAAGGUUAUCCAGUACUGGACCAUCGACAAGGCCGAUUGUGUAUUGGACCCCUGUGGUUCCUAUGUUAACUCAGCAGAUACAGGAACUUGGUCUAAAAUUGAACAUCCUAACCUGAAUUUAUCAUCCCAAAUUAGGGAAAGAGAUUUAGUAAUCAGGAAACUAAUGGGUAAAAAACAAAAAUGAUCUCAGGAAUUACAUUGCCCCAUGAGCCAUGAAAUGUUUCACAUGACAGUAAUGGAUAUUUGAUAAGCAUUUAACAUGUAUGUUCAUGUAUAUUUUGUGUUAUGACUGACAAUUAAAAUUUUUUUGACCUAAUAGUAAAUGCCUUUGAAAUCA